AUGCUCACCUUCUUCCUUUGGAAGUUCAGUUUUACUGCAAAGGUCACAGGAUUGUUCGCAUUUAAGGAUAUAAUGAUCAGAAUUCCACUGCAUCUCAAUUUUUCGAUACUCAUAAGGCUUGAAUAGCUUAGCUUCACUUUUACUUUCUCUUCAAAAAUACUUAAAGUUUCAGCUUACGGGUUCCAGUUAAACAUCCUGAUUAGGGACGAUUUCAAUCUUUGGCUGACAAAGAAAAUAGAAAUCUUAUAGCUUCUUGAAGAUAUUAGAACAACUCUGAGGAAAAAAGGACAAUUACAACAAGUGGUAAGAUUAGUGAACAAUCUAGGAAACUUAGCCAAUCCAGAUGGGUAACAAUAGCGACUAGAUGAAGAUUUAUCCGAACUAAACAUGAUUAAUAGUAACCAAUUGAAAAUGAUGAAAAGAUAAUCAAGCAAUAUUGCUCCUACUGAAAAGACAUUUAUGGAGAGAAUGCUCCAUAAACUUCUCAGCUCUUUUGAAAUCGAAUUGAAAGAUUCUGUGAUAAAUUUCUACAUUUACAAAGACGAAGAAAAAAAAAUUGAGGAAGCAAACGUUAAAAAAUUUUACAUGCUCUAGCUAUUGGAUAAGAAUUUUAGAGAUAAGUUUUUAUGCUUCAGAGUCUUUAUACCAAAUGCCUACGUCAACAUACAAACUUUGAAUGAUGAUUUCGUUGAUUUGUUAAUUCACAGUGAUUCAAUUUUGCUUUAAAACCCCAAGCAAAUGAUUAAAUAGGGGAUAUUAAAGGAGGCUUUUGUUGUUAUCAAAAUACCACUGGAUAAAAAGCUAGCUAAGGAUUUUUGCAAUUUUGAGGUAAAAGUAAGCAUUAAGCGAGCGAUAUUGAAUUUGAAUUUGAAAUUCAUUAAGUCAAUAACCAAAUUUGUAGUAUGCAUGGAUACGCUUAAAGAGGUGAUUAAGAGGAUUAAGAAAUUAAUUACUAAACUUCAUUUUUAAGAUGAGCUUUUGAAAGAAUUUUAAUUUCUGCAUUUGGAUAGUAGUGAAUUAAACUAUGAGAAUUUUAAAGACGAAGACAUUCCUAAAUAGCUUUCAGUAGUGAUUGAAGAUGGAUUGACAAUUAUGAUUUAAGAGCCAAGUAAUCAGCUCAGACCAUUUUUGCAAGGUGGAGGUUUAGAUUAAAACAGAUCUUAAGAGCUCAUUAUAAUGAAUACAACUAGGCUUUCAUUCUAGCUAUUGAAAACUCUAAAGAAUUCUUAUUUGAUUAAUUCAGUUUGUGGCAAAAUAGCUGUUGAAUGUAAUUUGAGAUAAUCGAUAUUGAUUCAGAACUUUAUACUUGAUAUGAGUUUUAGCUUUAAGAAGUAAAUUUAAGAAUCCCCCAUUAAAUAAACUAAAAUGGACAUGAACAUAACUAUUUUGCUUGAUGAAGUCUUUAUUGAUCUUACCAUGAGUGAAGCAAAGCUUAUCUUCGAUAUUGUAGAUAUUUAUAUGAAGAUGGUUAAGAAAGCUUCAAUCAAGACUAAGAUUAUGGAUAUUCUACUUGAUAUUGAAUUCCUAAAAAGUAACCUACUGCAUUUAGGCACCUCUCAGGAAGAGAUUGCCAAGGAAAAAUAGAUAAUGCAACUUUUCAAGGAGAAUAAAUAUAAAGACACUUUGAUAUUUGAUAUUCAAAUUAAGCAAGCAGGUAGAAGAUACAGUGCCUAUGAUCCUCUAAACUCUAUCAAAAUUGAUUUAAAUGACUUCAGCUUUAAGAUUAAGGAUGACAAAGGUAUUGAGGAGAUGAUUUUCAAGAUUGGUUUUAUGAAUGUCCAGCCUCUCAGGCCUAAGUCUAUAUCAAUGAUAAAGAUAAUGAACUUAGAAAACUCAAUCACAACCACUCGGGGGUCUAAUAAUCUUAUUUAAAACAUCUCUACAACCUUUAACAAAAGUCACUUCAAUGUAAAUAUGGAUCAUAUACUUUCUCUUACCAGAGAGAUCCUAGAUUUUUCCCUCAUCUUCAAAAACUUCUCAAGGAAAUGGAAUGUGAAGUAUGCUGUUAAAGAUUAUAUCAAGUCAACAAUAAUUGAAAGCCUAGAAUUCCAAUUCGAGGAAUCUUAAAUCAUUUGGAAUAUGAGUAAAAGCAGAUAUCUGGCUUUCAGGCUUUAUGAUUUCAAAACUAAGCCAUUAUAAUGCCCUUUUAAGAACGAUGAUAAAAUUGGGAUGUGCUACUUCGCUAAGGAAAUGGAAGUAUACCAUUCUAAGACAACAUUAGAAGAAAGUAUUCCUGGAUAGAUGUAUUGUCUUUCAACUUAUGAUAAGGAUACUUAAAAGAUAAUUGACUCUAAAGAUUUCGAUUUUAAAAUGUUUAUCACAGACAAAGAGAAUAAAAUCAAGGUAACAAGCUCAUUUUUAGAUUUCAAUCUUCCAGAUAAUCUGCAUUUUGGUGCUAUCAUCCAAGAAAUCGUAAAGCAGAUAGCUGUAUCUAAUAAAUGGUUUAGUUUGGAGUAUUAGAAGCUUAAACACAGGUUUGGUAUAUAAUUUGCAAAGUUGAACUAGCAGCCAAAGCCUCACUAGUACAUUCAGCAAUAGAGCUUUACCUAAGCAGUUAAAGGUAGAAAGAAGAGUCUUGUUAUUUAAGUAGAUGUUAAAGAAGCCUAUUUACAAGCAGAAGAAUCAGCAAUGAAAUAAAUAUUUUUAAACAAGGAAGAGGUUAUGGAUGUUCUUUCGGAGAAAGAAGUCUUUAAGAGCAAGUCGCCCUUUAUAUUCAAAAUGCUAAAGAAGUUAAAGUUAUCGAAGAUUAAUGAAAAGGCUAUGGUUUAUUACCUUAAAAACUUUAAAAUGACAUAUGAAAUUCCUCAGUAGUUCUUGGAUUUUUACCAGCUAUAUUAAGUAAUUUUGAAUCUAGAUGAGGCUAGAGAUUCGAUGAGUGUUGCAUUAUUCAAAGAAUUAGAUAGUGGGGUACAUUCUUAUAAAUGUGAUUACAUAUCUUGGCAUAUUAGAAACCUGGUUAAACCUAUUGUUGAGGUUUACCAAGUUGAGGUUAAUUUUCUUUUCAUUAAUGGGCUGCUUAAUCCUGAUAUGAACCCUUCAUUGUUUAAAGCCAAGACAUUUAGCAAGAUUUUUAAGAAAUAUGAGAUAUAGCAUUCCUAUAACAAACUAGUUUCUAAAUAAUUCUAUGAUGCAGACAUAAAAAUUAAUAAUGUUAAGGCGAAUAUAUAAGGUCAACAGACUCUUCUCUUCUUUAAUGACUUAGGUGAUAUAUUCAAGAGAUUUGGGGUUGAUGACAUGUCCUCAUAGAGAGAUAAGAAAUGCAACAAACUAAACUUCUACUCUGGCAUAGAUCUAAUACGAAACAGAAUGCAUGGAAAAACUCGAAUUCAAUUUAAUUUCCUCGAAGCAUUUGUUCAGCCAAAAAGAAAAUGCAACAGGUUUGAGAGCUGUCUAAAGUUGACGUUCUAAGAUUUCUACUAUUACUAGAUCCACAAUUAUCAAGAAGCUAACUUGAGGAACAUCAUACUUUCAAAAUCACCCUUGACAUCAUACGAGUCAGCCUUCUUUAAAAUACCCCUAGUUGAAAUGCAGAUGAAUAUGAUUUAUAACUAGGGAAAAACCUAAAAUCAUUAUACACAUAGUGGGGCGAAAGAUAUUGGAUCUUAUUUGGAAUAACUUAAAGCUUAUAGCUCAAAAGAAGUUGAAAUUGACUGUAAGUUAAAUAUACCUUCUCUAGGUCAUAGAAAUGAUGUGGAGAAAGAUUGUUCUUAGAUCUAUUCACUAAUUUAAACUUACUUCGAAAAAUCUCCUGUACCUAUUUUCCAUUAUCAGAGGUCUCAUAUGAAGUUCUUUGAUUAAAUGGCUAAGGAAUACUUUAAAAAGGCAGACUACACUUCGGCUGUGAUUAACAGAAGAGAAAAGGGAGGUAACCAAAAAAUUUAAAGUAGAAGAUAAAAUCUCUUUAAGAUCAAGAUCAAAGCAUUUCUUAAUGACAUAUUAGGACUCUUUACAGAUUACAAGGAAUAAUAAAAUCAGCAACAAAAUUACCCAGAACAUGUCUUGAAUGAAAGAAAUCUUGUGAUUCAUAGAGACAAACAUCUAAAUGAAUAAAGCUAAAGACGGAGAUUUAAGUAAUUUAGAGAUAAGUUUCAUGAGAAUUCAUUUGAUAAUUAUAAGCACUUCUGCUGGUUCUUUGAGUUCAAUCCUUAAUCUUAAUCAGCUUUUGUUGAAUUAUCAAACAACUCAAUCCUUAAUAAUUUCAAGACUCUUUUCCCCUAAUUCAUUUUAAGAAAUAGCUAACUUUAGCAAGAGAUUAUGAUUGCACGACUUAAUCCAGAGCAACUUAAUCCAUUCUCUGAUAUCGAUGAUAAUUCUGCACAGGAAGACUUUGUCUUCUCCAUUAAGGAUACUAUUGGGACAUUGAUUCAAAUUAGCUACUAAUAAGAUAAAGAUAUCUCAUUUGAUCACAAUCAGAGUUAAAAAUUAGAGGAAUUAAAGAGAUAAUCAAGUGACUCUAAUCCGCUGUUAAUGGGCUAUCAAAAUGAGAAGUAAAAUGAAGAAAAGUUUACAGUAAAACACAUGUUCGAUAUCAAAGGAAUUAAAUUCUUAUACACUUAGCAAAUUAUCGAACUUCUAACACAUCAUUUGGUUAGAGGAUUUGACUACAAGAAAUUAAGGAAGACAGAUUUUAUUAAUAUAGAGAAUUAGAAACUUAGCGGCAAUGACAGAGAUUUCAAAUUCAAAUUUAAGGCUAAGAAUUCAAACUGUGACCAGAGUGGAGCAUAAGGCUCUAAUAAGAAACAGUAAAGUAUUAACUUCUCAAAGCUAAACAGAGUUGCCCUAGUUGGACUCAGACUAGAGGAUCCUUAGAUAAAUUUCUAAAAUGAACUCACUAAGAGUCAAAUGCUGAUGACAACUGCACGACCAACCACUGCAGUGAUAUUUGGAUUUCAAAAAAAUAACACUUAAAAUGGAUAAAUGCCUGUUUACAUAAAUCCAAAUGAAGUAAAUAACGGCUACUCUAUAAAAUUCCAUGAAGAAGUAGUAAGAUAUGAUCUGUAAAUAUAAGUUGUUGAGAUGGAUAUAUUAGUUGCUCCAACUGUUAUAAAUUUGGAAAAUCCAACUUUCUGGCUAAGUAAUUUAGGAAACAUUCAACUCUCAUUAAAUAAUUCUGAAAAUUAGAGGGCUGACAGGGAUCUAUUCAGUAAUAAAGGCCUUCCUUUAUCAGAUAGAGAGUAGUACAAAAGCGAGAACCUGCUGAGAAAGAUUAUUACAGUCAAGAAUAUUUAGUUUACCUUUAAUUUCUUGGAAGAAGAAUACGCUGACCAUCUGAAUCCUUCAAUGCUUAUUGAUAUGCUUGUCGAAAAAAUUGAUAGUGAAAUGAAUGGACCUGAAAUGUGGCAUUUUGUCUACGUUUUAAAAUCUAUUCUAUUUGAUAGAGGGUUCAAGACUGAAGAACUUAAAAUGAGUGAAAUAUUAAGGAUUGAGGAAAUGAACACUCUAAAAAUAGAUUUCAUCAAGAGAAUGAUCGACUAAAUUCUCAAGAGAGGCUAAGCUGAAUAACAUUCAAACAUCAAUAAGAAAAUUCAAUAUAACAUCCUCAAUGGAGAAUUCAAAUUUUACAAUAUGGAUGUAAUGUUUUCUCAAGUUGUAGUUAGCAGAGCAUCUGGUACUCAUUUGAUAUAUUAAAAUAGAGAUUCAAAAGUUGACAUUGACAUUGAUAGAAUCUUGAUUGAAAAUUUUGCUGACUCAGAACAAUAUAGAAUGGUCUUAUUCCCUGGACACUCUUUCCAUGGAACAGACAAUGUAAUUCAGCAAUAAGUUAACCCUGAAACAAUGAUAAAAAUAAGAGCAAGAGAUAAAUAUGUAGUAGUUAAAGAAGCUCCUUGGAGAGUUUAUGAUUAGUUCGAAGUCUUCAUCUUCCCAUCUAGCUUGUAAUUUACAAAGAAUUUCUUCAAGUCAUUUAAGAGUUUCUUCUUUAAUGACGUUCCUAACUUUGACAAUAAUGACAAGUCAGACUUAGAAAUUAAGAAAUACGAAUUGCUGGUCCCUACAAAAAUUCUUUAAAGAGCUCAGGGUAGAAAUCGAAGUAAUUAAAGACAAGAUGAAUCAUAGAAGAAUACUCCUAAGAGAGAAUAAAUGAACAGACUUUCAGCACUUAAAUCUAACGAAAAAGAUAAAGAACUUGACUUAAAUGAUGAGGAUGUAGAAUAAUUAAACUUAAGUGACUUAGGAGAUAACUUAAAGUAAAAGAGUGUUAAGAGAAGAAAAAGUACAUAUGAUAAGGGCUAGCAAUAGAAAUCAUUCCCAAUAUUCUUUAGAUACAUGAGAAUGAAUGAAAUUAAUGUUUCAAUAACAUACUUCCAAAAUAAGAAUUCUUUCUUCAAUACAAAGAAUCUAAAAAUUAAGAUGGCACCAUUCAUUAGGCAUGGUAAGUUCGUGACAUUUAAAAAGAUAUUUGAGAAGUAUGAGCGUCACUGCAAGCAGAAUUUCAUUUCCUAGAUACCUAAUCUGAUCAAAUAGAGAUUCUUGCAAACAAAGGAAAAUCUCAAAGUAGGCAAAACAAAGGAGGAUAUGGAAGAUGAAUUAGAGGAAUAGCAAGAACAAAAGAAGGAAAUCAAAUUACAACUUGCCAGGAAACUUCUAUUCGGAGAAUUCGCAGAAUAAUGA